AAAGACGUACAAAAGGCAAAACCAGUCAAAUUUCUUUCUUCCUCGUUCCAAAGACCUUGCGGAGACCGUCUCCAAUGGCGGCCUCGAGAAAAACAGUGUUCUUUUUCAUACUAGUUCAGCUACUUUUCUCAAAAAUUGCAUCUAAAAUCGUAUCGGAGCCUCAUGAUUCUUCGCAUGAGUAUGAAAUUCAGCAACUCAAAACCAAGAUUGAAUUUUUAGAAUUGAGCAUUGAUGAAAAAACCCGUGAGUUAAGAAACAAGGAUGAGAGAGUUAGUCAAGUAGAAACAGUCAUCCAAGAGAAAGCAGACAUCAUAGCAUCAUUGCAAAGUGAGAUAGAAUAUCUUCAGCAAAAGAGAUCUUCAGAAGGCAAGGAGCACAUGAGUAACACAUGCAUUCCUGUAUCUGAACUUGAAAAGCAGGUUGACAAACUCCAGAAGGAAAUAGAAGUGCAGAAUAAGAAAAAAAAUGCAUUAGAAGUCCGAGCAAAUAUUGUUGAGGGAAAGAUCCAUGAACUUAACUUAAAACUAGAAAAUCUUGAAAGGAUUAACAAUGAACAGAAGACAAGAAUUCGCUUGGCUGAACAUGCACUUCGAGUGACACAGGAAGAAUUGGUGGAAGCAAAACUCCAGGAAGUUUCAACAUCUUAUAAGAUUCGUGGAGAGCAAAUUCCACGCUUGCUAGCAGUUCAUACGCAUCAUUUUCAGUCCUACUUGAUUUCUUGCUGGAAUGAACAUGGGAGACCAGCUCUGGACAUGACAAUUCAAAAGAUAGUGGAAAAGAAAGCUCAGUUUGCUAAAUGGGCUGAGCCUCACAUUGAAUCAAUGAAGACAGAGUGGAUCCCAAUGAUUGUGGAGGAAUGGACUACAUGCAUGACCUAUCUUGAUCCACAUCUUCAGUCUCUAUUUACCAAAGCUAUUGAGGUCUAUUAUGCAUCAAAGGAUUCUAUAAGACCACAUGUUGUCAAGGCACGUAAAAUGACAGAUCCUUAUAUUCAGGAAGCAAGGAAGUUUGCUGAGCCAUACAUCAAUCAAGUUGCAGUUGUGACAAAACCUCAUUUGGAUUGCAUGAAAGCUGCCUUGAAGCCCUGCACCAAAAGACUAGUAGGUGCUUAUCAAAAUUUUAUCAAAUCUUGGACUUUAUACCAUGGCCAGGUCCAAGAAAUUCUCAAGAACCAUCAGUUAACAAAAUCUUUGGCAACUACAGAUCUUGCCUGGUUUGCAGUAUGCAUUUUUGAAUAAUAGCAUACAGCUUCAACCUUAACUAAUGGAUAGUUUGGCUUUAUGGUUAACGAUAUUUUAUGAGCAUGCUUUAAUGCUUGUUAUUCAAGAGUUAGCUGAUUGUUCUCAUCAUCUUCAUUGGAAUGUAGGCGACUGCUUUGCUUAGCUUACCAGUCAUAAUUCUCUUACAACUAUUGUCAGCUCUUUUCAGUAGAAAGACAGCAAAGCAUGGUCAUAGUUCCCGUACAAACCACACACGCCGCAGGGGAAAACGGCACCAUCCUAACUACUGAGAUGCUGGAGGUGAAUGUUUCAGCAAUUUGGCUCCUGGGAAUGAGGUGCUCAUAGUCAUAGCAAGAACUUGAUGAAGCGGGACAUCCUUUUGCCUUUCAAUGAGAAGGAUAAAAUUUCAGUAGUCUAGGUUUCGUUUUUUCUUCUUCUUGAUUGAUAGAUAACAUAUAUAGAGGUCAAUCUUCUACCAUCUCAUUUCCCACCCUACUCGGUUGCAAUUAUUGAGUACUUUAACAAUCAAAAAAUUUUGUAAAUUAUAAAAAAUAAUUAUUAUUUCAUGAUAAAUCUAAGUUAUGGUU